AUGUCCGCCUACACUGUAAAGGAUCGAUUUGCCGUAGUCACUGGAGGCGGCUCCGGUAUCGGCCUUGCCACUGUCCGAUUGCUCCUCGCAGCUGGAUGCUCCGUCAUAAUCGCCGACCUGCGCCUCCGACCCGAGGCCGAACCCUUGGUCGCCGAGUACCCCCAUCCUGCGAAAGAACCCAACAAGCCAUCCCUCGUCUUCUGCGAGACUGAUAUAUCCGACUGGACCCAGAUCACUGCGCUGUGGAAGACAGCCCUCGAGACGUUUGGGCGAAUUGAUAUUGUCGUCAACAGCGCCGGAGUCUAUGAGCCCCCCUCAAGCUCCUUCUGGAAGCCCCCAGGCAUCUCUCCCCUCUCCGAGGACCCUGAAGAUGCCAAGGUGGGCCAGUAUAAGAGCUUCGCCAUCAACACCAUUGGCCCCAUCAGGCUGUCCCAGAUCGCCAUUGACUAUUGGCAACAGAACCCAGAGGUAGAGGGAAACCUCCUUUGGGUUGCUAGUAUGGGUGGCUACAUGCAUUCUAUGCAAGCUCCCUUAUACUUUGCGAGCAAAGCCGCUCUCGUCAGCAUGGUCAAGUCACUGUCUGGUCUGAGAAGAGCCCUCAACAUCCGAAACUCUGCUGUCUGUCCAGGGCCAUGCUUUACGCCCAUCUUUGAGCAGGAAUACUGCCGUGAUAGACUUCGACCGGGAGACGUUGCCUUGAAGCCAGAGGACUGUGCCGAGUUGAUUAUGCGUGUUCUCCAGGAGCCCCAGUACGGAGACGGAAACAUUGUAGAGAUCAUGAUGAUCGGAACAAAGGAGGAGCAGACGGUCAAUGUGCGCGAGAUCGGUCUCGAGGCUUUGUAUCCAACUGUAGGUCCACUGGAUCAAGGCACGCGCGCCAUGGCGGAGGAGCUCAAGUUCUUUGGCGAGGUAAAGGAGAAGGGCAUGCGUACAUAG